AUUCUCAUUAAUUGAACUCGCCAUUUUAUCGCAUAGUAUAUAUUCAUUCCAAGACUGUGCCAUUGAUAGAUUGAAUCUCACGCAGGCACAACAAUGAGGGCAAUAGUUUACCACGGAAACAAGGACGUAAGGUACGAUCCCCAGUAUCCGGAACCCACUAUAAAUCAUCCCAAAGAGGUCAAAAUCAAAAUUGACUACUGCGGAAUAUGUUGCAGUGAUUUAGAUGAAUACCGGGAUGGUCCAAUAUUUUUCUCGCCGGACCACCAGGCCAUUUCCCGGAAACCCUUCCCACAAGCCAUGGGCCAUGAGAUGUGUGGAGAAAUCGUGGAAUUGGGCUCUGCCGUUAAUGCCAAUUUGAAGGUUGGUCAAAAGGUUGUCGUCGAAUCCACAGGAACCUGUUUGGAUCGGGAAUAUCUAGAGUUACCUGAAAAGAAGUGUCUUUCAUGUGUUCAAGGAGCCUAUAACCAUUGCGACCACAUAGGAUUUUAUGGAUUGGGCUUCUCCGAUGGAGGAUUUGCUGAUUUCUGUGUUGUUGGAGAACAUCAUGUAAUUCCAUAUUCCGAGGAAGAUUUGCCAGUUGAGAUUGCGGCUCUCACGGAGCCUUUAGCAGUCAGCUGGCAUGGAGUGCGUGUUUCAAAUGUCACCAAGGACGAUUCGGCUUUGGUCCUUGGAGCAGGCUCGAUUGGGUUGACCACCAUAAUUGCACUCAAAGGUCAUGGGGUGAGGAAUAUAAUAGUUAGUGAGCCAAAAGAAUCUAGAAGAGCUUUGGCUGAAAAGUUCCAUGUCCAGGUUUUUGAUCCCACGCCCUUUAAUCACGACGAGAAGCUGUUGACUAAGGAAUUGUUGAAGUUGAGUCCUCUUGGAUGGGGUUUCAGUAGAAUUUUCGAUUGUUCAGGUAAAAAGGAAACGUUUGACAUCUCCUUGAGUGCAUUGAAGACAACUGGUAUUGCCACCAAUGUAGCCUUUUGGGCUCACAACAAGCAAACAGUGUUCCCUAUGGAUUUGACAUUGCACGAAAAGAAUCUCACCAGCUCUCUGUGCUACGUUAGAGAAGACUUCGAAGAAGUCAUCCAAGCGUACAGAGAUGGAUUAAUCGACCCCGAGGAGGUAAGACAGAUAGUCACCAAAGUCGUAGCACUUAAGGAUGGUUUUGAAGAAGGUUUUCUCCAAUUAAUAAACCAUAAAGGAAAGCACAUUAAGGUCCUAGUAUCACCAUUGCCAAAAAUCUGAAUAGAUAUUCAUAUAUGGUAUUUAGAUAAGUCAUAUCAUCUGUGGAA